AUGUACCGCCAACUUCUACCAAUCAUCGCCUGCUUGUACCUCUGGACUACGUUGUCCGUCGACUCAACCAGCGAUGCUGAAUCUCGAAUCGUGGGCGGAAACAACGCCACCUUUUACGUGUGCUCGCACACGGUAGCCAUCCGUCAAGUGAAUCGCGACUUUCUGUGCAAUGGAGUGUUGAUCUCGUCGCGUGACGUCCUGACGGCCGCUUCCUGCGUUAGCAACGUGCGAAACGAAUCCGACCUCGUGGUCGUUGCCGGAACCAUUGGAAAUUCUGUCACCGCUCCCGGAGCGAUUCCUUUGUCGGUUUCUAAGCUGUGGUCCACCACCAGCAAUCCUUCUCGAACCGGUGAUAUUGCACUGUUACGGUUGAACGCUACACUGAUCACUGGAGGCGCGCCGUGGAUCUCGGUGGUAGAACUGGGAACGCGGGCUCCGACGGUGAACCAAAGCUGCUCACUGUGCGGCUGGGGCUCGGGCACGAUCUCUGGACCACCCGCGUUGAUACUGCAGACGAUCAAUAUCAACGUACAGUCGAACACUUCACCGAACUGUACCCGAGCGGCAGGGGGAACGGCUCUUCCUGCGAAUGCGAUCUGCGCGGGAGACCCGCUUCAAGCCGGACGUGGAGCCUGUACACACGACGUGGGAGCUCCGUUGAUGUGCAAUGGGGCUCUGCAUGGAGUGCUGACCGUUACCGGAGGUUGUGGUGGACUGCACGAGGUGUCCGUCUUUGCCGAUACGGCCGCACAUCUUGCUUGGAUUAGGAACCGAACCCAGACGGGAGUGGUCGUGGUGCCCCCGAACAAACCCGGUGGCGGUGGUUCCGGUGGCAACGGACCUGGUGGUUCUGCACAAGCAAGUGUACAGUUGGGAAUGAUGGUGAUUGCCGUCGUGACUGCGUUCGUGCUGCGAUGA